GGUGUUUGUUUGAUACAAACUCUUUCCACCUACAGCCUACCCUGACGCGUGAUGGCUAGGUUUCUCAUUCGAUCAGAUCUCACUCACUCACUCUCUAAAGAUUCAACAUUCAAUUUCCAGACUUUCUCAGUUUCUCUUCUCUGCAAAGAAAGGCUUCAUAACUUCAUUAAAAAUGGCGGAAUCAAAAUCAGGAUUGAGGAAACCAGUUUUCACCAAGGUUGAGCAGCUUCGCCCAGGCACUAGUGGGCACACUCUCACCGUCAAGGUUGUGAGUACCAAGAUGGUAUUGCAGAAGGGUCGUGCCAAUGGUCCUCAAGUACGUCAGAUGAGAAUUGCUGAAUGCUUGGUUGGAGAUGAGACUGGAAUGAUUAUCUUUACUGCUAGAAAUGAUCAAGUGGACCUGAUGACUGAGGGUAGUACCGUUGUUCUGCGCAAUGCAAAAAUUGACAUGUUUAAAGGGUCGAUGAGGCUUGCUGUGGACAAGUGGGGUCGGGUUGAAGUUACUGAACCUGCAAGUUUCACAGUGAAGGAAGAUAACAACCUCUCACUGAUUGAAUAUGAACUUGUGAAUGUUGUAGAAGAGUGACUUUCUGGACAGUGUUCACAUACUGCCUUGUGACCAAAGAAUAAAUAACACUGGCUUAUCAUAGUACUGUUUUCUAUGGGGCAUCUCUUGUCCAGAAUGCUUUACUUUAGGAAGAAGAAAUCUGGAAGCUAGUAGUACCCAAAUUGCUUUCUAUCUUUGCAGCAGAUCCAGUGGAACCUUUUGGUUGGAUCUUGAGACAGGUGGUGAUGGCUGUAAGUAAAUAUAAAAUCAGCUGUCUUUUGGAACUGGCUUAGUUUUGUUUACAGCCUAUUUAUUUAUGGAAGUUAGACUCAGUUUCGCAUUACAUCAUGCUUGAAAAGAUUUUAUGCCAUGAUAUGUAAGUUUUUAUACUUUGUAUAACUAAAUUGUGGUCUGGACAUGAUCAGUUAUCUAUUUUUAUGGGUCUACUUAUCUCUCCA